CCUCAACCAAGAUGGCAGCGCCCUGAGGAGCACACCACAUCUCCGCCACGUGGACGCGACCUUUCUCGCUUUCCUCUCUCCUCCUUCGGCGUCGCCACCAAAGUCGUCGUCCCCCUCCCCACCACCACCUCCGCUUGUCUUCCACAGUCGCGAUCACCGCUCUGUGCUCCUUCCAUCGCCUGCCAUGGCGGCUUUGCUGCCCGUAAUCUGCGCGGGGCGAGUGAUCGCGGCGCCCUUCUGCCGGCCCCGGCUCGCGAUUGCCUUGAUGCAGGUCCGAGGGCGCAAGUCCCGGGGCGAUCCCAAAGCCAAGUCGAAGGCCGAGCGCGUACGGCAGCCCACGCCCGUCGACGUGGAGGAGAUGCUGGUGCUGAGUGACCGCUACGAGCAGUACCGAUUCGUCUUCGCGGCUCUACGGCGCGAGUUUCGUAAAGAUUUAUUCCUGAAGAAACAAGAGGAGUCUUUGGGUCUGCGGGCUGAGGAGCGUGCUGUCCAAGAGGCGGAGGAGCAACGACAGCUGCUGGAGUGGAACAACGCGGAGAAUGAACGCCUCCGACUGAUCAGGGAAGAGCGAUAUCGUAGCGAAGUCGUUCUUAAAGAGAAGAGCAAGCAACAAGCCGCAUCGAAGCUUUUCGAAUUUGAGGUGAAGAAGAAAGAAGAGCGGGAAGAAAUUGUGCGGAGGCUAAAGGAAGAGGUGAAGAACUUCAUCACCCUUGAGAACCUGGAUGCACGGAUCGACGCUGCCAUCGAUAACCCCAAGAGCUUCAACUUUGCUGUAGACAAGGAAGGCAGGAUCGUUAAGCGCACAGCGGUGCACUUGCAGGAGGAGGUCAAGAAGCGAGACUCGGCCGUUUAAUCAACAACUUUCCCGAAAACUGUUCGCUGGCAGAUCCUUCCAGUACAAAUGUAUUAUUAUAAGUAAGGUUUUUGUUUUUUACUCCAGCCAUUUGUAAUCCACCAGUGGAUGAAGGCCUCCCCAUGCCUUGUCCGUGAUGGAAGUUUUUGACCAUACUUCACCACGGUUGGUCAGUGCUGGUUGAUGAAGCGACCGUUGGGGAGGGCAGUACCAGAUCAGAUGUCACUUGCCAUUGAUGUUAGCUCUGGCCAGGAAUCGUACUUGGUUCCCUGGAUUCAUAGCAGAGGGUGCUAACCACUGCUAUCGCUUCACACAGAUACGUGGUAUAAUGAAUGGGCAGUGGUGUUGGGUAGGUGUGUAACGAUGCACAGGUUCAUCGAUUCAAUGUUGAUUUUCAUGUUCGCUACACACAGACGAACCGUGCGCUUUAGAAUGUAUGAUUAGCAAUUCCUAUGUCUUGUCAGAAUACUGCACGUGAUCCUGUGUAGCCGCUGGAGAUGCUACAUUCGCCACAAUGUAAAUAAAAAACUUAAAUUCCUUAAUCGAAUCCUGCUUUGUGCUAAGGCAUGACACAGUUCAUAAAUGAUCUGUUCACUGCUGGAUGGAGGCCUCAUCAAGGUGUUAUAGUCUUUUAAUAGUCGUGCGAUGUAACAGCCCACGAACUGAUGCCAUCAUGCUCUCAGACGUGUUCUUUCCUUUGCCAUUUCUUAUCUGUUCUCCAAGGAGGAACAAAGAUUUCUCGGGAAGAGUGACUCAAAAAUAUGUAUCGGUUUUUUCGGCCAGUAAAUGCCAAUUGUGCUGUUUAAUCACGUCCUUGGAGGGAAUCAAUUCGGAAAUCUCGUAAAUGCAGUGAAUAUCCGCGGUAGAGAUUUUAUCGAAGUAGGGGUUGCACUUUUCUUGGCACUGCUAUGAGAUGGCUUUAUUUCUUUGAUAGUCAAACCAGUAUUUUGACUUCACCGAACUGAGAAUUAAGCCAAAUAAAUGUAAAUGUCCAAUAUAUAUUGUGUAAAAAUUUCGGGUUCACUCCAGAACUCUACUUAAUCACGGGCUGUUGCCAGGACUCAAACCCAUGCUCUCAAUGCUUGUCGCCUCUGACCUCAGCCACCCGGCCAUUUCAGAGCAAGUCUUUGCCUUGAAAUGUUAUUGACUACCCGAUUAUGAUAAUUAUGAUAAUGUAUGUGCGUUUUAGCUUGUUAUCUUGGGCAGGGUGGGUGAGUUGAAUGUUGUAUACACAUUUAAUAAAAAUGUCCUGUAUUUUAAAAACUAAAAUUUCCAUUUUCCUUUAAUAGCUGAAGUAAUUUGUCUUGCUGUUGGACAAUUUUGGAAUUUAAAAGAUUGACUCUGUUGCACUUUGCACUGUGAAUAGUGGUGUGUGAUGUUAUGCUUACCAUUUUGCGUGCCCCAAUAUCGAUGCAUGUGAACUUGACAACACGUUUGCAUGGUUUAUACAAAUCGCCAGGAUAGUUGUGGAGAAUAUCCUUUUGGUGUUUCCACACUAUCACACUUGUUGCAGUCCAUUAAUUGACAAUUAUUGGCAAAAAAUGUAAGCGUUUAUAGAGCGUGGAUGCGUCCCACUUUGACAUUUGGAGAAAGAACAAAAUUCACAGGCCCUUUCCGUCGUGCCAGGAAUAUUUUACGCGUGUAUUUUUUCGUGCCUUGUGUAGCGUCGUUUGUUUUAUAUUUUGUAGAAAUUGCGUACAAUAGCAAGGGUGGAUGGAAUCGGGGUUGUAGAGGUGUUGUAAUGGCUUUGUCUGUUGGGCAAGGUUAGCUGUAAGUGUACCCUUUUAAAAGUGUUUUGCUUUGUUCGUGAGCAUGGCUUGCGCUCUUUCUAAAUGUGGUGGCUAAAAUAAGCCAUGCAAUGAGUGUGCGACUUAAUGGCACGUCACUGAUGUGUUGCGGUUUUGUUUUUGCGAGUAAAGAGGGGAGAGAAAAAAUCAUUUGAAAUUGAAAUCGCAAAGGUUUUUUUUUUACUCGUCGACUAAAUAGCUGUGUUGAAAUCUGGGAAAUGUUGCAUUCUUACAGAAUGCUCUUCCCUAAAGCCUUUUUUCCAUAUAGACCGCAAAAGACAUUUUCCAUCAUGAAAUAAAUGGAAUGUACAUUCA